ACCUGGUCGACUGACCCGCAGAAGAGUGGGUGAAACUGAUGGUUAGACAAGUUAAGUAAGGACGAGGUUUCGGGAGCAAAAAAGGAUAUAAGUAUCAUGGAUCCUCAAGACCGUCCCGGAAGUAUAGUCCCCAACGCUCACGCACCCUUUAAUCAAUUACCUCGACUGCACACUUUCUGCCGAUUCUCUCCUCCCCCAAAGCUUAUUUCAGACUUACGUCCACCUCGAUUCUUUCCGGCAUCGACAUCUAAAUCACAUAGAAAGCUUCACAAUGGACCACAACAUCACAGCAACCAAGUCGGGAGCCGGCGGCAACAAGCUGGAUCAAUCACCCACGCCCACUCUAGCCGACUACCAGGCGCAAUGGGCCAAGAUUCACAAUGACACCAUCCGCCAGAUCAAGCAGGCCCAAGAGGAAGAAAGAAACGCACGCGCUACGAAUCGAGCACACUCUUCUCCCUCCAAAUAGCACCACCAUAACUAUGUGGGCUGUCAGCGAUCUGCUAGCGGUUUCCCCGUGCUUUCUUUCUUUUCUUCUUGGAAACUUUCUGACUAUACGUGUUUUAUUGAGCCUCUUCUGUUAGAUUUAGCGAUUGUUGCUCCGGAUAUACCAUUCCCCCUCUUUUCUUUUUUAUUUUUAGUCAGAUCUUAGAAUCUUUGGGUUGUUCUAUGACGUAUCACAUUUGAGGCGCAGGAUUUUUUCUUCGAACUUAAACCUAUCUUCAAUACCCUACAUGUUCAUUCAACGGUCGCUCUGUAGGUAGUGGG